UUCAGAGGGCACACCAUCAGAGACUGGCUGAGAGAGCGACAGAGACAGAGGGGAUCCAGUGUGCAACACAACUUUGGAUUUUCACAGUUUCUGCACUGACAGACGACAGGACCUAGAAAAUGGUGUUUGGCAUCCGGAAGCGCAUCCAGGACCACCUGGUGGAGCGAAAAAUCCGCAAAACCCGUCUGGUGACCAAAGAAGGCCGCUGCAACAUUGAAUUUGGCAACGUGAAGUACGGCAACCACUUUGCCUUCCUCAUGGACUUCUGGACGACCUUUGUGGAGUUCCGCUGGCGCUUUGUCCUCUUCUUCUUCAUCACCUCCUUCACCCUAAGCUGGUUCAUCUUCAGCCUGCUGUGGUUCUGGAUCGCCCGGAACAACGGCGAUCUGACGUGGCAGAACCCCUCAAGUGACCACACCCCAUGUAUGUGGAACGUCUACGGUCUCACUACGGCCUUCCUCUUCUCCCUGGAGACCCAGACCACCAUCGGGUAUGGUGUACGUGCCGUCACCCCUCACUGUCCUGGUGCUGUAGCCCUCAUCAUUAUCCAGACUCUCAUAGGGGCCAUCAUACACUGCUUCAUGUGUGGAAUCAUCGUGUCCAAGAUAUCCCUCCCUAAGAAAAGGGCCAAGACCAUCACAUUCAGUGAGAUGGCUGUCAUCUGUCCUAAGAAGGACUUCCUUUGCCUCAUGAUAAGAGUGGCCAACUUACGCAAGACCCUGAUGAUCGGGAGCCAGAUCUACGGCAAGCUGUUGAGGACAACCGUUAAACCCGACGGGGAGACAAUCAUCAUGGACCAGGUGAACAUUGAGUUCAUGAUGGACGCUGGGAAGGACAACCUCUUCUUUGUGUGCCCUCUCACACUCUACCAUGUGAUUGACAAGGCUAGCCCUUUCUUUGAGAUGGCAGUGGACACGCUCCAUAAGCAGGAGUUUGAGCUGGUGGUCUUUCUGGAGGGUACAGCCGAGACCACCAGCUCAGCCUGCCAGGUCAGGACCUCCUUCAUCCCUCAGGAGAUCAUGUGGGGUUACAACUUCCUACCCAUCAUCUCCCGCAGCAAAGAGGGCAAGUACAGAGUGGACUUCUCCAACUUCUCCAAGGUGGUGGCCGUGGCCACUGCACACUGUGCUUACUGCUUCCACAACAUGAUGGGACACCACCUCCCCUCCAUUAACGCAAUCGACAACAGUGGAUUUGAAGUUAUUGAUAUCCUAGAAUAACCUAACCUAAUUUUUGGAGGCAAUUUGUGAAGAAAAAAAAGUAUCUUGUAAUAUUUAUAUAUAUAGUAGGGUCUGGAAUUAUUGACACCCUUGA